AUGGGGAUUUUGACCUUCAAUGAUGUGCAUGUGAAAUUCAGCCAAGAAGAGUGGGCCUUGCUGGAACCUUCCCAGAAGCAACUCUACAAAGAUGUGAUGCUAGAGACCUGUGAAAACCUCACUGCUAUAGGCUACAAUUGGGAUGACCAUGAUAUUGAAGAACAUUUUCAAAGUUCUACAAGUAAUAAAAGGCAUGAAUAUAGUCAUACUGGAGAGAAACCCUUUAAAUGCACUGUAUGUCGUAAAGCCUUCCCGUAUACAACUUUUCUCAUACGGCAUAAAAGAACACACACUGGAGAGAAACCUUACGAAUGUAACCAGUGUGGUAAAGCCUUUGCAGAAAAGAAUACUCUCAUACGGCAUAAAAGAACACACACUGGAGAGAAACGUUAUGAAUGUAACCAGUGUGGUAAAGCCUUUACACGAAACAGUCAUCUCAUAAGACAUAAAAGAACACACACUGGAGAGAAACCUUAUGAAUGUAACCAGUGUGGUAAAACCUUUGCAGAAAAGAAUAAUCUCAUAUGGCAUAAAAGAACACACACUGGAGAGAAACCUUAUGAAUGUAACCAGUGUGGUAACACCUUUGCAGAAAAGAAUAAUCUCAUACGGCAUAAAAGAACACACACUGGAGAGAAACCUUAUGAAUGUAACCAGUGUGGUAAAGCCUUUGCAGAAAACAGUACUCUAUUAAGCCACAAAAGAACACACAGUGGAGAGAAACCUUAUGAAUGUAACCAGUGCGGUAAAGCCUUUGCACAAAACAGUGCUCUCAUAAGCCAUAAAAGAACACACACUGGAGAGAAACCUUAUGAAUGUAACCAGUGUGGUAAAGCCUUUGCACAAAACAGUGCUCUCAUAAGCCAUAAAAGAACACACACUGGAGAGAAACCUUAUGAAUGUAACCAUUGUGGUAAAACCUUUGCAGAAAACAGUACUCUCUUAAGCCAUAAAAGAACACACACUGGAGAGAAACCUUAUGAAUGUAACCAGUGUGGUAAAACCUUUGCAGAAAAGAAUAAUCUCAUACGGCAUAAAAGAACACACACUGGAGAGAAACCUUAUGAAUGUAACCAGUGUGGUAACACCUUUGCAGAAAAGAAUAAUCUCAUACGGCAUAAAAGAACACACACUGGAGAGAAACCUUAUGAAUGUAACCAGUGUGGUAAAGCCUUUGCAGAAAACAGUACUCUAUUAAGCCACAAAAGAACACACAGUGGAGAGAAACCUUAUGAAUGUAACCAGUGCGGUAAAGCCUUUGCACAAAACAGUGCUCUCAUAAGCCAUAAAAGAACACACACUGGAGAGAAACCUUAUGAAUGUAACCAGUGUGGUAAAGCCUUUGCACAAAACAGUGCUCUCAUAAGCCAUAAAAGAACACACACUGGAGAGAAACCUUAUGAAUGUAACCAUUGUGGUAAAACCUUUGCAGAAAACAGUACUCUCUUAAGCCAUAAAAGAACACACACUGGAGAGAAACCUUAUGAAUGUAACCAUUGUGGUAAAACCUUUGCAGAAAACAGUACUCUCUUAAGCCAUAAAAGAACACACACUGGAGAGAAACCUUAUGAAUGUAACCAGUGUGGUAAAGCCUUUGCUCAAAACAGUACUCUCUUAAGCCAUAAAAGAAAACACACUGGAAAGAAACCUUAUACGUAUACUCAACAUGAUAAAGCCCUUGCACAACAGAGUAGUCUCCAAAAACAUGAAAAAACACACAGUGGAGAG